AUGGCCAGUGGUCAGCCAAGCCCGCAGUCUGAAUAUGAGAGCCCCCAGCCUAGCACCUCAGCGUCCUGCCCGCAGUUGGUGGUAGAUGAAGAAACCCCAGGACCAUCAGCUCCCUGGGUAGAUCCCAGCCCCCCGUCUCCUGUGCUUGGCCGGAAGAGGAGGAGGGACUGGUCAUCAGUUUCCGAGGAGGAGGAGGAGGAGGAAGAGGAGGAGCUGCAGUUCCCAGAGCCCAAGGAGACCUGGGUCGUGGAGACGCUGGGUGGGCUCAGGAUGAGGCUGAAGCGACGGCGAGUGUCGUCGGUGCUUCCUGAGCACCACGAAGUCUUCAAAAGGCUGCUUGAGGAUCCUGUGGUUCAAAGAUUCCUGGCCUGGGACAAAGACCUGAGGGCGUCUGACAAGUAUCUCUUGUCCAUGGUAAUAGCUUAUUUUAGCCGGGCUGGCCUCUUCUCCUGGCAAUACCGACGGAUUCAUUUCUUCCUGGCUCUCUACCUGGCCAAUGACAUGGAGGAGGAUAACCAGGCUCCGAAGCAAGACAUUUUUUCAUUCCUCUAUGGGAAGAGCUACUUCCAGCGUCCCUUGUUCCACAAACUUCGAUUACAGUUCGUCCGUUCCAUGGGCUGGAGGACUUGGGUUUCCCCGGAAGAGUGUGAGGAGAUCCAGGCUUACGAUCCGGACCUUUGGGUGUGGGGGCGAGAUCGCACCCUCCUUCCUAGAGCUCUGGGGACCGUGGAGGACUGA